AUGUACACGCUGCCCAGACCUUCGAAAGAAUGCGUGCCUGCAAAAACUAUUGCCUUUCAUCUCUUGCCACGAGCAGCAACCAGGCCGGGGCUGGUGUUCUGCACAGUGAGCGAGACGUUACUCGUCGAGCAGCCCAUCACCGAGGGUAUCUGCGACUACGCGGUAUUCGCUGACCUGCAGGUGACCGAAGAAGGCUUCGAGCCAACCAACGGUCGCCAUGCCUGGGAGGUCUUCAAACGAGGCGUAUCCAAGGCGACCUAUACGGUGGGUGGUGUCAGCUUCUCCUCAGUGAGCGCAGACAGCGCCUCUGGCGGUGAAAACACAUUACGGCGUCUGGUGGCAAUGAACGCGGAGCUGAGCGCACUCGCCGACCUGCGCAUGUGGGCCAUGGGCACGCUCAACUUCCGCGACAAGCAGUGGGCCAAGGAGCCUCUUCGCGCGCCCUUCCAGCAACUACGAGUGGCACUGAAGAACGCGCAGAAAGCGGUGACGUUCCUUGGCGUUUGGCUACGGACGUCGCAAGAGGCAAUGAACUUCGUCGGCGCCAUCGGGAACGGCAGCUACAUCGACUUGGUGAUCCUGCAGACGCACGUGGUGCCCUACGAGGGCAUGACGGACCCUUGCGUUGCCUACACCAUCAGCCAUAGGAACGCAGACGGCAUCGUCCCCAAUUAUGACGUGGCGGACAAGGUUCUGGAUCGUCUGCGCGGAGGCCCACUGCGCGUUCUGUACUCGUCGACGCUGGCCGCAGUGGCAUACGUAGGCGCCAAGAAUGGCGCUGACGUGAGUCUGCGGCAACGCUUCUGCAGUCUCUCGUUUGUUGCCGAUGUGGACGUCACGUGCGAAGAGACCGCGGGCCCACUGCAGGUUACGUACGUGCCUUCGGACAUGGCCGAGUUCAUCACGUUCCGCCACCAGGACGCCGGCUACUUCGUCACGUUCGAGGGCAACCAGUCACUCAGCAAUAAGAUAUCAUCGUACAGGAACAAGCUUGACGGCUGGGCAUUUUUCGACGUACAACGUGACGUCUACUGGCCGUGUAGACGCGGAAUGCCCUACGAACGCCUCAAGCAGGGCGCUUCACUCUUGAGGCUGUGAAAGGCUUCGCAAUUGCACUUCACAAUGUUGCAAUCUUAUCAAUAGCGCUUACGCAUUACACCUAAUAAAUUCAUGAACGA